CUGGAAGCGAACGUCCUCGUGAGACCACCAGCGCAUCCGUAGAUGUUUAGGCUCACUGCAGGCGCGGGGUGGGUUUACUGCCUUUGGCCCAGUUGCGUUGUUGCCUCGCUCCCACGGGCCAUCCACCUCAGGGCAAGGAGGGUGUAACCCUCUUGUGCACUAGUUCGGACCCAUGCACCCAUCCAGGAUCGAUCCUGGGACCUCAACAGUCAGGGUGACUCCUGGCAUUUCGCACCAAUGUAACAAGAGGAUUGUCGCCUAGGUUGACAAGGGAGCGAGUCUCCCGUUACAGCGCCGCGACGGCGACGAUCCUCGUCGUGUUGGCGCUUGUAUCGCAGGUAGUUAUCGUUAAUAGCACCAGAUCCGCAUUGAUGUGCAUGUGUGGAGCCAGUUCGGUUGGGUUGCUGGUGCACAUGAGCCCCCAGAUGCGUGAGCGAGCCCAAGCCGGCGUGUGGCCUCGGGCGCGUCCCUACAACGUUGCUCACCGUGGUGCAAGCGGCUUCCGCCCGGACCACACCGCUGAGGGUUACCAGCUGGCCAUUGACCUGGGCGCCGACUUCAUUGAGUGCGAUGUGGUGCUGACAAAGGACCUGGUGCCCGUGUGCCGCCACGAGCCCCUGGUCUCUGGCACCACCGACGCCGACGCCAAGUUUCCCAGCCUCAUCAAGUCCAUCAUCAUCGAUGGUGUCAACUACACCGGUGUGUUCACCACGGACCUGACCCUGGCUGAGGUGAAGACGCUGCGCUGCCGGCAGCCCCUGGCUGACCGCGACCAGUCCUUCAACGGCCUCUUCGCCAUCCCCACCCUGGAGGAGUACAUUGCCAUUGCCAAGGGCGCCAACCGCACCGUCGGUAUCUACCCCGAGACCAAGCACCCCACGUGGCAUGACAGCCUGCCCAUUGUCAAGGCCGCCCAGACCACCAUGUCCGACAUUGUGCUCAACGUCCUGAAGAAGCACGGCUACAAGGGCCCCGUCAACAGCAAGGCCUGGUCGCGCCAGCCCGCCUUCAUCCAGUCCUUCGAGGUGGGCAACCUCAAGUACCUGUCCCGCAAGACCUGCAUCCCGCUGGUGCAGCUCCUGAGCGACUGGAACACGCCCAUUCCUGACAUGCCCUACAUGAACUACUCCGCCAUCAUGUCUGAGGAGGGCGUCAAGGAGAUGGCCACCUACGCCUCGGGUGUGGGCCCCAGCAAGGGCACCCUGGUGCGCGCCAAGGUCGGAGCCAACGUGACCGCCAACGGUGCCGGCCUGGAGUCUUCUGGCCUGGCCGAGCGCAUCCGCAAGAACGGCAUGCAGGCCCACCCCUACACCUUCCGCAACGAGGCCCGCUACCUGUCCUACGGCUCGUUCGCCUCGGCCAUGGACGAGUUCGAGUUCUUCUUCGUCAAGCUGGGCCUCGAGGGCGCCUUCACCGACUACACCGGCAGCCUGCGCCAGUACUUCACCAUGAAGGCGCAGGAGCAGGGCCGCCUGUGGAACACCGGCGCCGUCAUCAACCGCGCCGGCCGCCCCAAGCCGCACAACCCCAAGUGCUAGACGCACGUGUUCAUACUUCAUAGUCUACGCGUAUGUGUGUAUGCGUACGUAUGGGGCCGCACAUACACGUGACAACAAGAAGCGCAUUGAUUGCAGGAUGUGCACAUGUGAGCAAGUGGUCAUGUUCUGAUUGGGGUGUUUGAGACUUGCGUGCGUGGGCGGCAUUGAGGGCUGUUUCCAAGCUCCCGUCCUUGCGUACAUAAGUAAUACAGUGAGCGUCUUCAACAACGGGAUGUACAUCGCGCGUGCCACAUGCACGCGCGUCAUCCGCAUACACGGGCCAUGAAAGCACACCGGACAACGCAUGCAGUGAUCCACUGUAAAGCUCUAGUCGU